GCCGCUUAGGCCUGAGUGAGAGCCGACGGCGGGCGGGCGCAGCAGCUGUCUGAGCGCCGGCGCGGGCUGGUGGGUCCUGCACCCUUCCUCGUCCUAACUCUCCGCGCCCCCGGACAUGGUGGCCCCCAGCUGUGUGAUCAGCCGGCUGGGCUCGGUGUUCCCCUUCCUUCUGGUCCUGGUGGACCUGCAGUACGAAGGUGCUGAUUGUGGAGUAAAUGCAGAUGUUGAGAAACAUCUUGAAUUGGGCAAGAAAUUACUUGCAGCUGGACAGCUAGCUGAUGCUUUAUCUCAGUUUCAUGCUGCAGUAGAUGGUGACCCUGAUAACUAUAUUGCUUAUUAUCGGAGAGCUACUGUCUUUUUAGCUAUGGGCAAAUCAAAAGCAGCACUUCCUGAUUUAACUAAAGUGAUUGAAUUGAAGAUGGAUUUCACUGCAGCAAGAUUACAGAGAGGUCACUUAUUACUCAAACAAGGAAAACUUGACGAAGCAGAAGAUGAUUUUAAAAAAGUGCUCAGAUCUAAUCCAAGUGAAAAUGAAGAAAAAGAAGCCCAGUCCCAACUUAUAAAAUCUGAUGAAAUGCAACGAUUGUAUUCACAAGCCCUUACUGCUUUUGAAAGCGCAGAUUAUACUGCUGCUAUAACCUUCCUUGAUAAGAUGUUAGAGGUUUGUGUUUGGGAUGCAGAACUACGGGAACUUCGAGCUGAAUGUUUUAUAGAAGAAGGGGAACCUAGGAAAGCUAUAAGUGACUUAAAAGCUGCAUCAAAAUUAAAGAAUGAUAAUACAGAGGCAUUUUAUAAAAUCAGCAUACUGUAUUACCAACUAGGAGACCAUGAAUUGUCCCUCAGUGAAGUUCGUGAAUGUCUUAAACUUGACCAGGAUCAUAAAAGGUGUUUUGCACACUAUAAACAAGUAAAGAAGCUUAAUAAGAUGAUUGAGUCAGCUGAGGAGCUCAUCAGAGAUGGCAGAUAUGCAGAUGCAACCAGCAAAUAUGAAUCUGUCAUGAAAAUAGAGCCAAGCAUUGCCGAAUAUACAAUUCGUUCCAAAGAAAGGAUUUGCCACUGCUUUUCUAAGGACGAGAAGCCUGUUGAAGCUAUCAGAAUAUGUUCUGAAGUUUUACAGAUGGAACCUGACAAUGUGAAUGCUCUGAAAGAUCGAGCAGAGGCCUAUUUAAUAGAAGAAAUGUAUGAUGAAGCUAUUCAAGAUUAUGAAACUGCCCAGGAACACAAUGAAAAUGAUCAACAGAUACGGGAAGGUCUAGAGAAAGCACAAAGGCUAUUGAAACAAUCACAGAAACGGGAUUAUUAUAAAAUCUUAGGAGUAAAAAGAAAUGCCAAAAAGCAGGAAAUCAUUAAAGCAUACCGAAAAUUGGCAAUGCAGUGGCACCCAGAUAACUUCCAGAAUGAAGAAGAAAAGAAAAAAGCUGAGAAAAAGUUCAUUGACAUAGCAGCUGCUAAAGAAGUACUCUCUGAUCCAGAAAUGAGGAAGAAGUUUGACGACGGAGAAGAUCCCUUGGAUGCAGAGAGCCAACAAGGAGGUGGUGGCAACCCUUUCCACAGAAGCUGGAACUCAUGGCAAGGGUUCAAUCCCUUCAGCUCAGGCGGACCGUUCAGAUUUAAAUUCCACUUCAAUUAAACCGACUUUUUCUGCUCUUCUUAAUUUUUUUAAAGAUUAAAAACAAAGAAACCUUGUUUCAGGAUCCUAAUGAAAAAAAUUUUCAAAUCUUUCAGUUUGUCCACAACCAAAGAGUUGUUUUAAUAGGAAAAAAUCUGUGCUUAUUCAUUUUAGACUUAAGGUUGAUGGGUUUGCAAGGGCAGGGGGGCAAGGAAUGGUUGUACUGCUGACAAAGCAGCCUGUACGCAUUUUAUGAAGGUCUGCAAGAAGUGGUCUGAGGUGUGCUCACCUUGGAAGUGCUCACAUAUUCUCUAUCUUAAUACACUGAAGAGAUUUUUCUCUUCACAGCCUUGGAUAGUAAGUCAGUGCCUACGUGUGUGAGGAGGAGCUGUAAUCUUCAUAAGAAUGGGAUGUAUUUCAGUAUUCUUAAAGUAUGAACAUACUGAGCUGUAUGUCGGUAGGGACAACUAUGCUUAGAUUUUGAGUCUUGUCACUUGUGAAUGUCUGUAAAUCACUGAGCCUCCUUUAGUGUGCAUGCGUUUACACCUCUCUGCUAGCGCCGAAGUGGCUGACACCGAAAAGCGCACAGAGUCCAUCUUUUAGGAACCUGCCGUCAAAUGGUAGUCGAUAUAUCCAGGUUUAGACUUUGGAUGGAUGUUAACCAUAUACCUAUAUUUUUUUUGUUCAGUACUAAGAAGAAAACUAAAAACCACUUAAUUUGAAUUUAAUCAUAAAAACCUAUGAGCCCUUGUGUUUAAUAUUAAGUGCAACAAAUUAACCAAAAGUAGUAUGUAAAAGAGGUUCAGAUAAUAUAGCACUGGUAUUAUUUAAAAUAUUGCUGAAGUGCAGAUUGAAAUACUUUUUAAACAACUGAAGUUUUGAGUUGUUACACAGAAUUUCCUGUAACAGGAUUGGCUUAGAGACGUAAAGUUGCUCAGUCAACAUAAGCAAAUGCAGAAUGCCAUAUUUCCCACUUUUAACAAAUACAGUGCAGUAGCUUCUUUCUCUUCUUUUUUACAUCCAGACCUGACCCUCUGGCUGUAGUGACUCUCAGGUGGCAAUGUCUGCUGGUGUGAAACAGUAAUCUGCCCCUCCUGCACCUGAGGCUUCUAGAUGUUCUCCUGCCUAGAUGAUGAUACAGGCUUGCAAAUCUAGACAGCUCUGGCUAUAUUCCCACUAUCACUUCAUUUAAUAAGACAGCAUCUCCUCUUGAGAUACCUUACCUUUUAAGAAGGUAACUAAGAAAUGAACUAUUCUUUGUAAACUGGAUAAUUUUUGCCCUAAAAAGAGUGUUACUUUAAUUAAGAACAAUGAGUAUUUAUAGAACUAUUGAUGCUGCAUUUGAAAAUCUAAGAUAAUUACUUUAGAUACACAUUAUUACCUUUAUUCUGGAAAGGUUUUGCCUGAAAGCAUUUUAAGCAUUAAAUGGUCUAAUAUAUUGUU